GCUGGUUAUGGCUGCACAGUGUCUGCAGAGAUUAUUCACAAUAAACAGCACCAGGAUUAUAGCAAUAACCGUUGGAAUAUAACCUUUCAUCUGAAGUAGCAGCUGAUGCAGAGGAGACAUUCAGGACACUAAUAAUUAGGAGGAGUCUUUGCCUAAAUGGGUCCAGUCAUGCCUCCAAGUAAGAAGGCGGAGGGCACUGGGAUUAGUGUUUCCAGCCAGUGUUACAGGCGUAACUCGCUCUCGAACCCACUCCAUGAUGACGAUGACCUAGACUUCCCACCACCCGCAGUCAAAUUAAACAAGGAGAAAGGGGCUAUGGAAGAUGAGGAGCUCACUAAUUUGAACUGGUUGCAUGAGAGCAAAAACUUACUUAAAAGUUUUGGGGACACAGUCUUAAGGAGUGUCAGCCCUGUUCAGGACAUUGAUGAUGACACCCCACCUUCGCCUGCUCAGUCGGAUAUGCCCUAUGAUGCCAAGCAGAAUGCCAACUGCAAGCCCCCAUAUUCCUUCAGCUGCCUCAUAUUUAUGGCCAUCGAAGACUCCCCAACCAAGAGACUGCCAGUCAAGGAUAUAUACAAUUGGAUCCUAGAACACUUUCCGUACUUUGCAAAUGCUCCCACAGGGUGGAAGAACUCUGUGAGACAUAAUCUAUCCUUAAAUAAAUGUUUUAAGAAGGUGGAUAAAGACAGAAGUCAGAGUAUUGGAAAAGGAUCCCUAUGGUGCAUAGACCCGGAAUACAGACAGAACCUGAUCCAAGCCUUGAAAAAGACCCCAUACCACCCAUACUCUCACGUAUUCAACACCCCCCCCACCUCUCCUCAGGCAUAUCAAAGCACAUCUGUCCCACCACUUUGGCCUGGAAGCACCUUUUUUAAGAAGAAUGGAGCCCUUCUGCAAGAUCCCGACAUUGACGCAGCGAGUACCAUGAUGUUAUUGAAUUCUCCCAAUGAUUUACACGCAGGUUUGUCACCAGGAGUUAUACAAAAUGGAACCCGUGUCCUGAGCAGAGGGAUCUUCCCAUUGCCGAUCAAUCCAAUUGGAAGCAUGGCCGCCGCCGUAAGAAACGGGAUAGCAAACUGCCGAAUGAGGACAGAAAGCGAACCAUCUUGUGGCUCACCGCUAGUAAGCAGCGACCCCAAGGAGGACCAUAAUUACAGCAGCGCCAAAUCCUCUUUAAAGAGGAGCUCUUCUCCUGCCAGUGACUCGGUGUCCUCCUCCUCUGCCGAUGACCAUUAUGAAUUUGCAGCCAAAGUCUGCCGGGAGGGCAGCGACAUCAGCUUCCACAGCCAUGAAAGCUUCAGCGAGACGGAAGAUGAUGACAAGAAACCUAUUAAAAAAGAACCCAAGGAUUCAUUAGCCGACAGUGGCUACUCCUCUCAGCACAAGAAAAAACAGCACUUGCUCAAAGUGCGAAGGAUCCCCAGUGACGCUUUGCCUCUGAAAAAGAGACGCACAGAAAAACCGCCAGAGAGUGAUGACGAAGAAAUGAAAGAAGCGGCUGGGUCUCUCCUGCACUUGGCAGGAAUUCGUUCUUGUUUGAAUAACAUCACCAAUCGGACGGGUAAAGGACAGAAAGAACAGAAAGACAAAGAAACCGCAAAAAAUUAGAGCAAGUCUUUGAUUUGUUUGAACUUUGAAACAGUUUCUUUCCGCACGUCAGGUGAAUUCUAAUGAUUUCGUGGCAAUAUCGACAAUUUCUUUUUCCCCUAUUUUUUUCUUUUCUUUUCUUUCUUUAAUUUAUUUUUUAAAACAUUUUUUUUUUCCAUUUUUGAACCUUAUGAUUUUUAUUUUAUUUUUUUUAAAGGAGAUUGAAGCCAUAGAACUCAGCUAACUUACACAUUCUUUUCAUUUUCCAAAUUAAAACAAAACACAAAAUCUGUUUCAAAAGCCUAAUAUCGGCACCAAUCUCUGUAGCUCUCCACGGAGGAAUGUCUGGUUAGCUUUCGGCUGACCACCCCAUCCACAGCAAAGAAAUUGGUACCAGUUACGCAUUUCGUUGGAGAAUGGGGAGGGCAGGGGUCACACACCUUCCAUCUAAUGUCUGCUAGCAGUGUUUUUCCACUCAAGAUAGGAGCGUCUGAUCAGAUUUCAAAUCUCCAAGCAACAAACCAAGCAUGGGGGGGGAUAGAUUGUGCCAUGUAUAUUAUUAUUAUUAUUUUUUAAGAAGCCCAUUUACAGCAUUGAGAUAGGACAGCCCACAAAGUGUUAAACUCAAAUACAAGGGACAGCGAUGUCUGUUGCACAGAUAAGUGUGUGAGAAUUGUGGAGGGGGAAGCUUCUGUUGGUUAACUCUUUCUAUGCUUGAGUGGGUCAGGUAUGCAUUAAAACACUUUACAUUAGUCUGGCUCUCACUUUCUCGCAGGUAAAAGGUUGACGGAAGCCAGAGGUUAAAGCCAUAAGCGUGAUUUUCUGCCCUGUGCAAAAAUAAAACGCCUACACUAUUUGGGCAAAUAAUUGUCUUCUAACUGCCUGUGGGGUGGAAAAAAUAGCAAACCUUUUUUUUUUUUUUUUUCUGUCUGUUUCCUAUAGAAAACAAAAUAAGAUUUCUGGAAACACCACAGCGCCUGCCAAGAGUAUUACAUAUUCCCGGAGCCAGUUUAAACACAGAGAAGAAACAAAACCUAUCAUUAAAGAAACACUGCCCUACAAUUGGAGAAAUGCAUUAAUGUCACCAUUCACAAUUCCUCUUACACAAAUGACAUCAACCUUAAAACAGAAAUUUUAAAUAAAAACAUUAAUCAGCAGAAAAAAUAUUAUCACCCACAGGUGCACAUGGACCCCUCUUACAAAAAAUAAAUAAAUCGCCUUUUAUUUUUAAUUUAAUUUUUAAUUUUUUUUUUUAAAUUAAAAAAACAGAAAAUCUUGUAAGGUAAAUAAUGUAUUUAGCAUGAAGCAUGAAUUAUUUUCAUAUAAAUAUAGAAUCUAGAGAAAAAAGGCAACGCCUCUAAUUUUUAAGCCUUGGGCCUGGACUUUUUUUUUAUUUUAUUUUUUAUUUCCGGUUUCCAUAUUUUUAUUUUAUUUAUUUUUUCCUUUUUUUUUUUUCCCCCUUUUUUUUGGAAGCAGGUUUUAAGGUCUAACCUUCUUCAGGGACAAACAUUUGACUGUUGGGGGAACUUUCUCUCUGCAAUAUUCUGAUUCUCUGGUAGGGCUUGGAUGGUUGAAUGAGACUGCCUUGCCUGCACAUUCAGCCCCCCUACUGUAUUUCUCUGUUUAUAUUAAAAAAAAAAUGUCAUUUCUCCUUUAUGUUUACUUGCCUAACAUGAUGCAAUAAUAUGUUGGCAAAUUGAUUAGUGAGUGUGUUUGAGAGGAUUAUGGCGGCCUUUGCUGGCGCAGAGAGGCCUGUGUCCAACAUGCUGCGUGUAGCCCAGAGAGUCUCUGAUCGCAGGACAACAAAAAUAAUAAGUGUUAAAUGUCAUACGUGUAAAACUGUCUUUGUUACGUGUGACCAUAAUCUUACAAAUAUCAAAGCUUUUUUUUUUUUUUUUUUGGUUUAUUUUCCCCCCCUCCAAUUUGUUCAUGUGUUUUGUUAAACAUUUGCGGUGUAUAGACAUGAAGAGGUGCAUUCACUAGACUGCAAAGUGUGAUAUUAUGUGACCAAUUUUUGGGACAUAUAUAAUCAAGGCAGGGGGGUGACUAUUAAAAGAAAAAGGAUGUGUUGGUGCACAUCACUGCUUAUGUGCUGCUCUAAUUUCUCCCUACGUUGGAAUGUGUCAGUCCAGCAUGCCUAUCCAUUUGGCUGAAUCUCAGUCUUCCCGAUCCACUAUAAAUGUACUCCCCCGCGUGCAGAAAUUGUUUCUUGUAUCUCAGCUUUUUUGCGAUAUUCCCCUUAGAAGGCGGACACUGGUUUCCGAUUGGGACUCACCUGCAAGAUCGUGAAAUAUUGGGAGAUAAGUGAAUUGACAUCUGAUUUAUAGAAACUUGAUCGAAGAUGAAAAACGUCUACUUGCUUCAAGUUUUCUUGUCCUAAAAGGAUGAAGGAUAGCUUGAUUCCCACCUAGUCAAACCAAGGUGUUUUUUGCCGCAUAGAUUUUGUUU